AUGGCAGCAAAGUUCCCCCAACGCAAGAUUGGCGACGACUUCGUCUCCAAGAUAGGUCUCGGUUGUAUGGGGAUGUCUAUCAGCCUGACUCCCGGUACCACCAACGAUGAUGAGGAGAAUCUCAGAGUUCUCACUGCGGCAGCUGACAUGGGCAUCAACCUUUGGGUCACCAGUGACUGGUACGGACCCUACACUAACGAAAGGCUCCUUGGAAGAUGGUUCAAGGAGACUGGUCGUCGUGACGAGAUUUUUCUCGUCACCAAGUUCGGCUCUAGACUCAUCGAUGGCAAGAUGUUAGUCUGCGGUACGCCGGAAUACGUAAGGGAAGCAUGUGAAGGUAGCCUUCAGCGAUUGGGAGUCGACCGCAUCGACUUGUACAUGCAGCAUCGGGUGGACCCCGAGACGCCAAUUGAGAAGACUGUUGAGGCUAUGGCACAGCUGAAGAAGGAGGGCAAGGUUCGCUAUCUCGGUUUGUCCGAGUGCUCUGCUCGGACGUUGACCAGAGCGCACAAGGUGCACCCGAUUGCGGCAGCUGAGAUGGAGUUUUCGCCUUUCGCGAUGGAUAUUGAAUCGCCAGACACAGAUUUCUUGAAGACGGCCAGGGAGCUGGGUGUCAAGAUCAUUGCGUACUCGCCGCUUGGGCGUGGCUUUCUCACCGGAGCAGUCAAGAGCAGAGAUGAUUUCGAUAAGAACGAUAUCAGACUAAAAGUUCAUCCACGAUUCUCUAAAGAGAACUUCCCAGGUAAUCUGAAGCUGGUUGAGGCAAUCGCGGCGGUUGCCAAGGAGAAGGGGUGCACACCCAGUCAAUUAGCUCUGGCCUGGGUACUGGCUCAAGGAGACGACUUCAUCCCAAUCCCAGGUACCAAACACAUCAAAUACUUGAAAGAUAACGCCGGUGCAGUCAGUGUUGAAUUCACCAAGAAGGAUGAGAAGCGAGUUCGGGAUGCCAUCGAGAGCGUUGGCGGGGCCAAAGGAGCCCGUUAUCCAGAGGGUCAUAUGGCGCACCUCUUUGGCGAUACUCCAGAGUUUGAUGCUCAGUGA